AUGUCCAAUCACUAUGACAAUUGGGAAAGACUGGUGGAAGCCGUGCUCAAGAGGGAGGAAUUGCGACGAAUUGCUUUAUUAGAUGACUCGAGGGAAUCCAGCUUCAACUCCAUACCAUCAUCCAGUUUCAAUUUCGGGUCAAGUUCUAAUACUGUAGUAGAUGAUAGGGAUUCGGACAUAUUUCAACAGUUUGAUGCUUCAGUCGAAUUUCUCCUAGAAAGCUUGAAACAGUUGCUUCUUUACAAUGCUAGUAUGACUCUUGAUGUGAAGAGUCAGGUGGAAUUUAUGUGCUAUGAUUUGCGUCUGUUUAAAGCUUUCGUCAAGGACUCGACCGAGAAGCGGAACAACGAUGCCACCCUUCAAGAACUGGUGAAACAAAUCAUAGACGUGUUUUAUGAUGCUGAAGACACUGUGGAUGCAAUUGUAGCUCGGGCAGCUGUGAACAAGUCCAGGAGGAGCAUCCAGAGGAAUUUUCAUAUAUUUGAUUAUCACGCAAAACUUCGAAGUGUGGGGAAAAAUUUUGAGGGCAUCAGGUCCAAGGUGAAUGAUAUAUAUAUGAACAAGAAGUUUGGGUUUGAGCCACCCAAGAUGAGGACUGUGUAG